CAUGUCCCCAUCGACCCGGGCCCCCUCCCCAGACACCCAGGGCCACAAUGGCAGAGCUGUCAGUGUCAGAAACGCCCAGGGACCCUGCUCUGUGCAGUGGACGCUUCACCAUCAGCACGUUGCUGGGGGGCGAUGAACCACCACUGCCAGCCGCCUAUGACAGCAGCCAUCCCAGCCACCUGACCCAUGGCAGCACCUUCUACAUGCGUACUUUCGGCUACAAUACCCUCGAUGUAGUGCCUGCCUAUGAGCAUUAUGCCAACAGCACCCUGCCCGGCGAACCCCGAAAGGUCCGGCCCACACUGGCUGACCUGCACUCCUUCCUCAAGCAGGAAGGCAGCCACCUGCACGCCCUGGCCUUUGAUAGCCGGCCCAGCCAUGAGAUGACCGAUGGGCUGGUGGAGGACGAGGCAGCUACCAAGGCUGAGAAGAACCCUGAGGAACCUGUUCGCUUUGGCUGGAUCAAGGGGGUGAUGAUCCGUUGCAUGCUCAAUAUCUGGGGUGUGAUCCUCUACCUGCGGCUGCCCUGGAUCACCGCCCAGGCGGGCAUUGUCCUGACCUGGAUCAUCAUCCUGCUCUCGGUCACAGUGACCUCCAUCACCGGCCUCUCCAUCUCGGCCAUCUCUACCAACGGCAAGGUCAAGUCAGGUGGCACCUACUUCCUCAUCUCCCGGAGUCUUGGCCCAGAGCUGGGGGGCUCCAUUGGCCUCAUUUUUGCUUUCGCCAAUGCUGUGGGUGUGGCCAUGCACACCGUGGGCUUUGCAGAGACCGUGCGGGACCUGCUGCAGGAGUACGGCACGCCCAUCGUGGACCCCAUCAAUGACAUCCGCAUCAUCGGCGUGGUCACCAUCACCGUGCUGCUGGCCAUCUCCCUGGCUGGCAUGGAGUGGGAGUCCAAGGCCCAGGUGCUCUUCUUCCUCGUCAUCAUGGUUUCUUUUGCCAACUACCUGGUGGGAACGCUGAUCCCCCCAUCUGAGGACAAGGCCUCCAAAGGCUUCUUCAGCUACCGGGCGGACAUUUUUGUCCAGAACUUGGUCCCUGACUGGAGAGGCAUAGACGGCAGCUUCUUCGGGAUGUUUUCCAUCUUCUUCCCUUCAGCCACGGGCAUCCUGGCAGGAGCCAACAUCUCUGGGGACCUCAAGGACCCUGCUGUGGCCAUCCCCAAGGGAACGCUCAUGGCCAUUUUCUGGACCACCAUCUCCUACCUGGCCAUCUCAGCCACCAUCGGCUCCUGUGUGGUUCGUGAUGCCUCUGGGGUCCUGAAUGACACGGUGACCCCUGGCUUGGGCACCUGCGAGGGGCUGGCCUGCGGCUACGGCUGGAACUUUACCGAGUGCGCCCAGCAGCACAGCUGCCGCUUUGGCCUCAUGAACUACUACCAGACCAUGAGCAUGGUGUCGGGCUUCGCACCCCUGAUCACGGCCGGCAUCUUUGGCGCUACGCUCUCCUCAGCCCUGGCCUGUCUCGUUUCCGCCGCCAAAGUCUUCCAGUGCCUGUGUGUGGAUCAGCUGUACCCGCUCAUCGGCUUCUUCGGCAAAGGCUAUGGCAAGAACAAUGAGCCAGUGCGUGGCUACCUGCUGGCCUACGCCAUCGCGGUGGCCUUCAUCAUCAUUGCUGAGCUCAACACCAUCGCCCCCAUCAUCUCCAAUUUCUUCCUGUGCUCCUACGCCCUCAUCAACUUCAGCUGCUUCCACGCCUCCAUCACCAAUUCGCCUGGGUGGAGACCCUCGUUCCGAUACUACAGCAAGUGGGCAGCGCUGUUCGGGGCAGUCAUCUCUGUGGUCAUCAUGUUCCUUCUCACCUGGUGGGCGGCCCUCAUCGCCAUCGGCGUCGUGCUCUUCCUCCUGCUCUACGUGAUCUACAAGAAGCCAGAGGUGAACUGGGGCUCCUCGGUGCAGGCUGGCUCCUACAACCUGGCCCUCAGCUACUCGGUGGGGCUCAACGAGGUGGAGGACCACAUCAAGAACUACCGCCCCCAGUGCCUGGUGCUCACGGGGCCCCCCAACUUCCGCCCGGCCCUAGUGGACUUUGUGGGCACCUUCACCCGGAACCUCAGCCUGAUGAUCUGUGGCCACGUGCUCAUCGGACCCCACAAACAGAGGAGGCCCGAGCUCCGGCUCAUCGCCAAUGGGCACACCAAGUGGCUGAACAAGAGGAAGAUCAAGGCCUUCUAUUCUGACGUCAUUGCCGAGGACCUCCGCAGUGGGGUCCAGAUUCUCAUGCAGGCCGCAGGUCUUGGGAGAAUGAAGCCCAACAUCCUGGUGGUCGGGUUCAAGAAGAACUGGCAGUCAGCUCACCCGGCCACAGUGGAAGACUACAUCGGCCUCCUGCAUGAUGCUUUUGAUUUCAACUACGGUGUGUGUGUCAUGAGGAUGCGUGAGGGGCUCAACAUCUCCAAGGUGAUGCAGGCACACAUUAACCCUGUGUUUGACCCAGCGGAGGACAGCAAGGACGCCAGCGCCGGUGGCUCCAGACCAUCUGUCUCUGGCACAGACCGACUGCAGCCUGCGAGUAUGUUCCACUCCCGUGUGACCUGCCCCUCUGCUUUGGCAGCGGACCCCGAGGCCCUGGUGCGGGAGGAGCAGGCCAGCACCGUCUUCCAGUCGGAGCAGGGCAAGAAGACCAUCGACAUCUACUGGCUGUUUGAUGAUGGAGGCCUCACCCUCCUGGUCCCCUAUCUCCUCGGCCGGAAGAAGCGAUGGAGUAAAUGCAGGAUCCGCGUGUUCGUUGGGGGCCAGAUCAACAGGAUGGACCAGGAAAGAAAGGCGAUCAUUUCUCUGCUGAGCAAGUUCCGGUUGAGAUUCCACGAAGUUCACGUCCUUCCUGACAUCAACCAGAAGCCACGGGCUGAGCACACCAAGCGGUUUGAGGACAUGGUCGCACCCUUCCGCCUGAAUGAUGGCUUCAAGGAUGAGGCCACCGUCAGCGAGAUGAGGCGGGACUGCCCCUGGAAGAUCUCGGACGAAGAGAUUAACAAGAAUAGAAUCAAGUCCCUUCGGCAGGUGAGGCUGAACGAGAUUCUGCUGGAUUACUCCCGGGACGCCGCUCUGGUCGUCGUCACCUUGCCCAUAGGGAGGCAGGGCAAGUGCCCGAGCUCGCUCUACAUGGCCUGGCUGGAGACGCUGUCCCAGGACCUCAGACCCCCAGUCGUCCUGAUCCGAGGAAACCAGGAAAACGUGCUCACCUUUUACUGCCAGUAGCUCCAGGCUUGGCCACUGCCUGCCCCAGGCCUGGAUGCACGGGCCACCCACCUGUCCACGGGGACCAUUUAAAGGUGCACUUUAAAUGGUAGCAUCUGUCGAUCCGACGGAAGAAGCUGGAGGAUUUCCAAACCUCGGCUGGACCUCACUCCCAUCGGACACGUCCUCUGGGCUUUGUGUUUAUGGGCUGGAGAAGUAUCAGAUGGAGUUCUCUGGAAAACUCUCUGGUGGAGCCAGAGUCCUUUUAAGUUUCCUUUUGCUCUUGGUCACAACAAAUUAAGAUUUCAGUCUUUGACUGGUAUACAAAUUUGAGUCAGA